CGUUGGCGUUGGUUUAUUGCAGCAUCGGUGUCCGCGGGCGGGAGGGGCGGGGCGCGCCGAGCCCACGCCGUUGCCACGCGACGGCCGCGCGGCUUCUCGGCCGCCCUGAGGGAGCAAGGGCUCAGCCCGCUUCUGUCCGCUCGGAAAUCGCGGCCCGGAGCCGCCCGCGCUGGGCCACAUGCGGCCGGGGGCGGCCACGCGCCUCCUCAGCAGAAAGCUCCACAAAGGGAUCUUUGAGGAUCAGGUUCGCUUGGUACGCUCCUUGGAUGAAGUAAGGAACAAGCUUAGGUUUUCUAUGAAGAGGGAAGGGCUCACUUUGGUUAGGGAUCCAGAAGCUUCUUCAGAUGCCAGGCUACUGCCGUGUUACAAGCAGAAGUGUGUUGAAAGAACACCCUAUGAUGGCUCCACAGAAAACCCACUGCUGUACAGAGAAGCUACAACUUUUCAAAAGGUCUGGAAAAGUGUAGAUGUAUCUGCAGCUGAGGAAGUCAGAGGCCUACCUGAUAUUGUUGUUCCUGAGGAAACAAGGAGUAAUCUCUCAGAACGCCUGUCCGAGCGGCGGCGAGGCCGUCACGAUGAAGCCCUCACUUCAAUGUAUCAUGAGCUUGCCUGCAUUGCCAGGGAGAUGGAGCCCUUUGUUUUGGAGUCUGGAAAGUUCCUUCUGGAAAAACUGAUGGAAUCUGAUCGAAAAAUUGAACUUCUGUUUGAGAAGAUUGAGUUUGACACUGCUCUGGAAGGUUUCUCGAUUAAAGGUUUGGAAGAACUAUGGAAUAUCAUCCAUCAGGAAUCCUUGACCAGAAAGAAGUGGAUCAGGGAAAUGGAUGAAUCCCUAAAACGUGUUGAAAGGAGUCGAGCUGAUAAAAUAACUGAUGUCCUGAGGAAGUAUACAGUGAUACUGGAGGAAAUUUCCUUCUUCUUGUCAGCUGAUGUAUAUAGGCUCAUGAACAAUGAGGCCAUGUUGAUUAACAGAGCACUGUUGGCUAAUCAGAGGGCAGUGGCCAAGUUGUUCUUUAAUCUACUGAAAUCAGAGAUGAAGAAAGAGUUAACACAUCGAUUGAAAUGGCAAGACAGAGUCAAGGACUGGAAGUUCAUCAAAAAGAACUAUUUCAUUCACAAUUUCAGAGAAUUUAUGUCAAAUGAAGAAAUACAGAACCCCCCAGCUGUGAAAAGAGAAAUCAAAAAUAUGAUAAUGGAUCAGAUUUUACUCAAUGAAAGGAGGCUGGACCUCUUGCAGCACCUGGGUGGUUUGAUGCCUCCAACACACACACAAACUGAGAUAAAGGAGUGGUACAGAUCUUUGGAGAAUUUAAACAAAAGUAUAGAUACUCACAAUGUGCAGUGUAUGAUGAAAAUACGCAUCCAGUAUGAGAUGAUCCAGCAAAAAUGUUUGGCAGAGGUGCAGUUAUGCAAGAAUAACUUGUUGAAUCUGAAUGUUUGCACAAAAGAAGAGGCUGAAGAAGUUGUGAACUCUGACUUACUUCAGUUGACUGAGAAACUAAAAAGUCAGUUUGAAGAAGAAUUGGAGCACAUGGAUAGAGACCUUGAGGAGCUGACUAAACAGAAUGAGUGGAAUUGCAGAGACUUGUGCAGCUAUUUUCAGGAGGCCGAGGCUCUCUGGGAUGUCCAUCAGCUCAAACUGUCCCAGCAGGAAGCUGAACUUCAGGAGAUGUUAGAUAAACACAGAUGCAAGCGGGAUAACUUAAUACAGGCAUUGGAAACCAAUCUGGAUGUAAUUUUGGAUAAAAUGAGAACAGCAAGCUCUGAAGGAAAGAUGAGGAACUAUCUGAAGAAUGCCCUUUCUUCUUUAGGUCUCAUUAGAGCCAGGUAUGAGACAUUCAACCAGGCUCUAAUGGAUGAAGUAAUGGCUUACCCAGAAGCUAUUUUGCAGCAAUUGAUUUCUUAUAGUAUUUCCAUCAGCCAAUAUUUUCAUGUGAAGGAAAUCUUCCAACAGAACUUGCAAGGAGAGAGACACUUCACAUUUCAAGAUCCAGAACUAGCUAAGGCUUCAGAAGCUGAAUGUCUGGUGGAGCAGCAUGAUAUGAGCAUUGUGCCAGAAAAUGAAGGAGAGCAAAAGAUAGAUGGUUGUCAGCAAGAAAAUGAAGAAACAAAUAUAGCUGAGAAUGAGGAGAUCUUUGCACAGGAGACUGAAGAAGUGGAGGAAAAAGAAGAUGGGGAGAGUAUUCCUCAUGAAAGUGAAGAAACUGAGCUUGCAGGACAGGGAGCAAGCUUUCAACAGGCUAUGGUCAACAGCAGCAAGGCAGAAAGCUCUGAAAUUGCCAUUGAGACCUUUUCCACUUCCAGUGGUAAUUCUUACACAGUCCUUGGAGUUGAAGAGGCAAAAAAGACUGACAUCCCAGGGACUUAUUUUACAAAAUAUGAGAAAACAGAAUCACUUCCUCCAUACCUGAAACAUGUACUUAUCCAAGAAACUGAGUUUGCAGAGCUGAAGAAACGGAUUCGCCUCUGCUUUUUUGAACACCUGGAGAAAUGGUUUGAAGAGUGCUUGUCGAAAUCCUUUGUCUUUGUAACUGCCAAGAAAGAGGAGCUCAAUUCAGAACUUGAGCUAUGUCUCCACUUGCAUGAGCAAAGGCAGGGUGUUCUAGAGACAAACAUCUACAAUGUUAGAGCUGCUGAACUGAGGCUUCAUGAGGAGCGUCUGGAGCAGCACUGUGCAGGGCUGGUGGAAGCUCUGAAAAAGGAGAAAGCUGAAUUUCACAAAUUUUGUGAGCAACAAAAUAGCAUCAGCAAAAACUUACAGUCACGAAUCCAUGACAUGGAGUCUGUGUUACUCACUGCUCCCAUGACUGAGAAGUUAGUUGCUUUCAGCAACAGUGUGCAAUCAGAGCUACAGAAUUAUCUGGAAGUGAUCCAGGUGUCCCUGAGGAGUUACCAGAGCUAUUUGAAGGAAGCUUUAGGAGAAUUAAGAGAUUCAAAUGUGGAUUUUCUCAAAGCUUGCAGAUUGUUUUUAGACGGAGGUAAUUUUUCUCCUGAGGAGAUCAAGUCUUUCAACAAGCGUCUUCAGAAAGAAAACAAGCAUAUUGACUCUUUUGAAAGAUCAAUUAAGAAAGAGAUGGAGAAAAUGGAAUCAAGCUGCUUGAAGAAGGCUACUGAACUGAUCAAGCAGUCUGAAACCAAGUUCUGUUAUAUCUUUACGUGUCGACUCAUGAUGGAGAAGAUCCAACGAUGUCUGAAAAAUCUACAAGUGCAAAUCAGAGCAGAGGUAGAAAAAUCCAAUUUGCAGGCAGCAACAUUAAGCUCCUCUCUGGAGAAGCUCCGCCAGAAGAUAGAUGCUUGUACUCAUCCUACUGCAGAUGAAGAGGCUUUGACUUCUGAAGAGUUGUAUGAUUUUGCCAAGAUAGUGUUAAAAGAACUGAAAAGGAGGAGCCAGUACCUUGACUGCUUGCUAGUAAGAGCAAUGAAGCCAUAUAACAAUGAGGACUUUACCCCUCUUGCAACAGAUGUGAAGUUACAAGUUCCAGUUGCUGAUGCCAUUCAAGCAGAGUGUCUCAGAGACGAGAAGAAAUUGGUGAUGAUGGGGCUGGAUCCUAUCAAAUUUCCUUUGCUGAAUCCAAGCAGAAUGGGAAAGCCUGCAACUGAUGAUUUAUCAAUAAGUGUUAUCAAAAAUUUACUUGAAAUGGAGCCAUCUGGAAGAUCUUCAUGUCCAAAUCAGGACAGAGAUGAUCACCCUCAUUCAUUAGGACCAGCAGUUCUUCCCACAUCAAAGAAGAGUUUAAACAUAUCUAAUCAAAGUCCUCAGAAAUCUGCUACUACCAAGGAGUCAUCUUCUAAGAAAAAAAUGAAGAGAGAAAGCAUGAAGAAACACACCACAUCAGUUCUCAGUGACAAAAGAUUCCAGAUAUUUGGAGAGAAGCCUCCAGAAUCUGAUACUUUUAAGGGGAUCAUUCUGAAUAUUCUCUGGACAGGUAAUAACAGCUUGCUGUCCCUUGCUGAGGAGUUAUACCAAAACUGGAAGCCUGAAAUCACAGUGCCUGAAAAUAUGCCAGCGACAUUUGAGCAUUGUGCAGAAGUACUCAGGCAGAAUCUGUUGUCAUACCAAAGUCAGACAGAUGAAUACUACAGUUCCUGUCUUAUAGAAUUUCAGGACCAACUGAAGUUGUUUGAGAAGGAGCUCCCUUAUAUCUCCCACUUGGCAGUUGAUAGUCUUUUCAAAGAACAUGAGCAGAAGCUCAGCUAUUCCACUGCUCAGAUCUGGCACCUCUUCAAUAAACAGAUGGAAGAGUGGGAGAAUGUGAAGAGUGUGCACAAGAAUCACUUACAUCCCUCUUUGGGGCAUCCAGACAACUUAGUUCAGCUGGAUGCUUUGUGCCAAGAGGAAAUCAAAAGACAAAAAGACCAAACUGCUGGUGUUCAUCUCAACACACAGAUGCUGAAGGACUGUGCUGCUGAGUGUGCUCAGAACUUUGUUUCUGCACUAGCUGCCUUCACUGAAAAGCUGCUUCUGGAAUUAGAUGAAAGUGUUACUGUUGAUGAUAUACAAGUAGCAAAAACUGCAAUACCAAGAGAGAAGACAUCCACUUUAAUCCAUCAUAAACAAGCUGGACUUCCUCUAGAAAUCUCUGAAGUCAAACCGUUAGUUGAACGUGGGAGCAGGACUUGGCCAGGAAUACCCAUGACUGCUCUUACAGAUGAUUCAGACUCUAUUCUUUGCAGAGAAACUGCAUCAGUUACAACAGCUAAGAAUACACUGGGCCACAUAGCAGCCAUAGAAGCAAGAGAUGCUGCAUAUAAGAAAUACAAAUGUAAACUUGAGCACCAGUUUGCCCAGAUCAAGGAAGAAAGUACAGCUCAGCUGCUGACAAUUCAGCGUUGGGAAGAUUGGUGGGAACGGUCUGUCCAGAAGAUUAAGCAAUUCUAUACAUGAA